AUUAAAAAGUUCUGAUAUAUAUAAAAUGCAACAUCAUGUCAGCUGAUGUUCUGGUGACCCAAAUGAGUCUGUGUGAUUGUUUUAGCCUCUCCACUGGUGUCCAAGUCUCCUGAGUUGUAAAAAGACCUAAGUACUGAGGAAGCAUAGAUAAAAUAACUUAGGGCAAAAAGAAAUACUUGAAGUACUUGUUCUUCUGUGAUCUUAACUGUGAGCUCUUAAAAACAGGUGUUUACUAAAGAGGAAAAAGGAACAAAGAGAGCACUGGAAAGAAUACCUUUCAGCCCUUUUCCACUGUCAACCCCUCUUCUGCACACACUUCUUACCAAUAUUUAAACAAACAUUAGAAUAUUAACCAAUUCACAGUUGAGAAUUUGCAUUUUCACUUUCUGCUUUAAUAUUCCAAAGAAAAUGGUUUAGGCCCAUAGAUCAGAGUUUAAAUGUUGAUGUGAUGUGAAAGCAAGUGCUUCAUGCUGACUUCAGUAGCAAAAUUUUGAAGUGUCUUCUACUUGCUCAUAUAAGCUGCAAAAUACUAAAAACUCAUCAGAAUUCUGCUAUUCAGCUGGAACUAAAAGAACUCCAAUCUGGAGUUCUUUUGGAGAUCAUACUCUGAUUUUCUAAUCGAGUCAUAGCUUUAGGGCUAUCUUCAUAAUUCCAGUGAGAAAGGAUAUUUAAAUUAAUAGAAUUGGGUGAGAUAUAGAAUAAAAUAUCAGAUGGUACCAGAAAGUCUGCACUAAGCUUAAAAUGUAUUUUUAGGGGCAGAUCAUCUAUUCUGAAGUCUUUUAUCAAUUUUUAGACACCUCACUGUUAUAUAGAAGUUGUGCAUAUCUGAAAUAAAGUGCAUCUACCACUAACAACAUAAUUUUUUUCUGAGUAAACAUUUACAAAGCAGUACAAUACAGUAUAAUUCCACCUAGAAGGUAGAGAUAAAUAGAAAAUAUUCAUUCUGUUAGUCCACAGAUCACAGUGGUAUGCUCAGUAAGCCAGAAAUGUGCAUGUUUCAUUAAAAAUUCCAUUACAGCAGUUGAUCUGUCAUUUGUCUCCGUAUAGGUCUAAAACAAUUAUAACAGCAUUCAUUUCAGAGCAGAUGGAGGACUUCCAUGAAUAGAUUUUGUUAAAUAUGUGUUGUAAUAGUUGAGACAUCUUUUUGCAGGAAUGCUUCUAAAAAGUAAUAUAAGAAAUUUGAAAUAAUAGAAUAUCUAAAAAUAGCGAUUUGUAUAAGAUUGAUAUGUUUUUGAAAGUAUUUUUCUCCACUAUCCUUUUAUGUUUUUUAUUUGCGGGCCUUACUCCUUCAGAUAUUUAUAAAACUCUGAAACUUUAAGAUCUUCAACAAUUCUGAUAGGAACAGAGCAGUGCUGAGAGCUCUUUAAGGUAGAAAAAAACUAAAGUCUUUCUGUUUUUCAACAACCUGCAGCUAAGUAUCUAAUUUUAAAAACACAUAGACCUUCUGAAUAAAGUUGUUCCAAGUCUAAAACGUUUAUUAUUGAGGUUAAGCAUGGAUAUCAAAAGCCUUGGUCAACAGCAGGAAUGCUGUGCGCCUGUAUCCCAGAUUCCUUGUAGGGAUGUAUAUGUACCUAGGAUAUCUUAUGUACAUUUAAAAGUCUGUGGCUCUUGAAAGGAUACAAGAUUGUAAGUCAAGAAUGGUACUAAUAAGAUAUUGAAAAUCUUAGUGAAUGGAAAUUCCAAAUGUAUUUUCUUUUUCAUAAUGUUGACCACUUUGGAUAGUAGAACAGUAGCAGCACAUUUCAUACUGGGCAUGUCCUUAGAUUUAAAGCUGAAUUUUAAUGUAGAAGUAAAAGAAACUAAUGAAGGAAGGAGGAAGGUAUUGAAUACAGAUGGUUUUUCAUGGAAUCGUAAAAUUAUGGGAAUCAUGAUGAAUGAUAUUUUCAACUCUUCUGUUUUAGGAAAAAAAAAAACAUUUUCUGAGGCAAAAUCAUUUUUUUAAAGACCAAAAAAAAAAAAAAAAAAGCGCAAAAAAACCCCCACCAACAUAACAACAAAGCACACUGCUUACUUCAGUAGUUUUCUGACUUCCUCCCAAUGGGCUAUUUAUACAUUUCAGUAAUCUGCAUGUACAAGCAAGUUAGCUGCAGGGAAGCUCAAUUUUUAGAAUAUUUUAGAGUCAAAAAUACUGAAGUUUUCAUUCUUCACUAAUGAAGCUCCUGUCUUUUUUCAAGGUCACAGAUAUCAGAAGCAGUGCUUGUAUGAACAAAUCCUUGUAGUGGCAUUGCAGAGUACUCAGGCAAGAGGAUGUCAUCUGGUAGAGUUCCACUCUAAGAUGAAAAACUCAUUUUUUCCUUUUGCUCUAGAAAUUGAAAUAAAAAACCACAAAAUACUGUGUUGCUUGGGGCAGGAGUUCCUCUUUAGGGGAAAUUAUCAAUUAUCUACAGAUUUUUGGUUAUUUUAUACUCAUCAUCAGCAUAACUGUAGUUUACAGAGUAGAGUUUUCAGGACUGUCUUCAGAUGAAGAUAUUUGUUCUACUUGGCAUACUGUCAAAGCUGGUUAAUGUGUUUCUGUUGUGCUUAAGGUUGCAUAGGCAAAGUAUGGAAGAAGAUUUGGGGUAAAAGCAAGAAAAUACUGUGAAAAAUAUUCUCAAACUUGCAUUUAUUUCACUCUAAUACAAACAAAAUGCAAAUUUGUAUUUGCUGUUUGUAAAUACGGUUGUAUUUAAGAACAAGUUUUCACUUGCUUAAGAAGUCACUAGCCUCAGAUGAUCCUUGUUGUUUUGCGUUCAUUAUAUUAACCUCCAACAUUUAGAAUCUGUAUGCAGAUUAUUUGUCCUGAGUGUGAGAGCCAUGAAGUAUCUUUUGAUACAUAUCUAUCACAGUAGAAGGGUCUAGUGGUAUUUGCUAUGUCUAAGCAGCAUUUAAUCCUGUUGUUUUUUUUUUGUAUACUAGGGAAUACCUCUUCCUUGUGUCCCAAAUAAGCCCAUUAUCAUUCCCUCAUUUCCUUUCAAAAAUGAUUAAAGUUUUCCUGAGCUGUGCUUAGGGCAUUAAAGAUUUUUUUUUCCUCAGAUGCUGAUGUGAUUUGAUCUGAUUACUUUGUUAAGAGGUAAAGAGAAUAGAAAGUGGCAUUUGCUGUUUAGAAAGGAAGUUUGCAAUGGAAUGUUUCUCUAUGUUUGUUUCAAAACUUUAGCAUUGAUUUUUUCUAUCCUUCUCUACUAUAAACUUUGUUUUUUGAGAAGACAGUCUUCUAGAGGCAUAGUGUUCUGCAUAUGAAGAAUUUGCUUCUGACAGGUUCUUGGUGAUACCGGGUAAAGUAUUCACAGGUAGGCCAAUAGUCAUAUACAGAAAGAAGAAUGGAACUCACCCAACUGGUGAAGGGGAUCUCUGGCUAUGCAGCACUUCUCAGGAAGCAGCCUAGGUCCAAAAGAUGUUCUCCUUUCAGUGGCUGGCCCUUGUAUGAGCCUAGCAUGUGGCUGGCUCCUGCUCCCUGGCCAGCCACACCCCUUCACUAGGUAGGUGCUCAGUCACUAGUUCAAGUUGUGACCUAACUGUUCCCCUACAGCAUAGCAAAGCAGAUUUUGUGUGGUAAAGAUUGAUUCUGCUUAAAGUGGGAGUCUUGUUCCUUCUCCCCUCCCUUUCCGCUCACAGAGGUGUCAGGUGAAUUUCUGUGUCAGUGCAAGCGGGGAAGGUAUUCAGGCUGGGAUGAGAAUGAAGGGAAGGAACUGUAGUGAAAUGGGUGACAGCUUGCUCUGUCUUACCUUACCACCCCCCUAUCUCAUCUGGACAAAUCUCAUGCCUAGAAUUUUCAUAGAGAUAAUAUAUUGGAUUAUCUGUGCCUUUUUUUUUUUUUUAAUCAUCUAGUGGCUAUUGCCUUGGAUCCAUAGACAAUCUGUUCUCAUUUUUCAUAAAGCGUAGGAACAGGCCUAGUACUCUUUAACUCAAAUAUAUUUAUCAAUUGUAGGUGAUAACAAAGAGAGGUAAUGCACAAGGCCUCACAUCCAAAGCAGAGCUAAAUCAUGAGAUAUUUCCCUUUUUGAAGUUUAGGGAAAAAACUUAAAAGGAGAUUGAGGUUUCAGAUCCAUGCAGAUUGAAGACAGCCUAAGUUGUGGUUUCUGCAGUUUACUGCUUCUCCUGCAGUACCGCUCUUGCAAAGUCUCAACAAACGUCUUCGUAGAGGGCUGAACCACUUGAAAACUAAUAACUGUUUUGAGGCAGUCUUUUUUCUUAUGCUUCUUAGCUCCUUGAAGUACAGCACUUCAUGAUUGCCUCAGUGCUAGGGUCAAUGGAAGAGCAGUUUCAGUUUAGAUUGAAUUUGGGCACUGUGGAACUGCCACCUAGGAUAGCAGCUUUAUGUUUAGCCUGCCAUAGUAAAACUGCAAAUUUUUGCUAAGAGGGGUAAUUCCAUUUUCUCCUCUCCUGUCCUCUCCUCUUCUGUCCUCUCCUGUUUCUUGCAGUGCAUUUUGCACCUGUUUCCUCUCUCUUGUUUGCCUCAGAUUUAAUGGCUUCUGUGGCUUUAGGAUAAACCAACUGUAUGAGUUUAUAUAACGCAGCAGUUCAGUACUUCAGUGAGUUAGCUUUAAGUUGGCCUACAUCGAAGCAAUUCAUUAGAUUUGAGCCAAGUUAAGUGACAGGAGCACGUAGAAAGAAUGGGACAGGACUUAGCCAACUUCAGCACCACAUUCAAUGCAAGGGGAUAAAGCACAGCACUUGUUGUGAGAGGCAAUCAGGAAACAGAAAGGACCAGACACAUCUCUUAUGCAAAAACCUCUGGUGGUAAACUUGGGGAAUUUUGAAGAGACAAAUGUAUGUGUUUUGUUUCUGGGGUUUUUUUUGUUUGUUUUGGGGAGGAAGUUGGGGAGAACAUAAUUUGGAGGCUUGUGCUGUGUUGUUCCUUUUUUUUUUUUUUUUUUUUUUUGAGAUAUCUCAAACUUUUGCAAAUAAUACAAAUCAAGAAAUAAUUUUAGCUUUUGCCAAUAAUAAAAAUGAAGUAUAUAGCAAUGGAUUCUGUGUUUCAUCAGGUGAUAUCAGCUGAUUUCAUGCUAAAACUUAUUUUCUGUCUUUCUAAUUUAGGCUUCUCUGGCAAACUUGAAAUUUUAAAGAUAAGUGGCUUUGGUUUCCUUCCAGGUAGAACCUUUAAGAUCUCAUGUCUUUUACUGCUGGAAGUCUGUGCAUUGCUGUUUUUCUGGAGUACUGAUGGAAAGAAACAUUCAGAUGCCUUCCUGUCAAAUAUUAGCUGUGCAUUAUUGUGAACAAGAUGUUGAAACAUAGAACAUCUUCAGGUGAGAAACCAGGGCCAGAGCAAGACGAGGUUAAGCUGCAGAAUGCCAGCAAGCAGAUAGUGCAGACCGCUAUCCUCCAAGCUGUGCAGCAAGUUUCUCGGGAGAACCAACAAAAGGAGAAGCGAACUAACAGCAGCGUGAGCCUCCAGCUAGAAAGAGGAAAAUUAACCAAGAAGCAUGAAAAAAAGUAAAGGAGCAGCUAGUUUGUAAUGAUCCUUCUGUCUGCCAUGUUUUCAGCCUUCUCUUUAGUAUCAGCUGUACUGCUAGCGCCAUGUUACUGUUGUGAAGCAAACCAAAGUAUAAUCAACACCUAGGCAUAGAGUAAAGCUGCAGUAGUCCUCGGCUGAAAAAUAUUAAGUGCAUUAGAUGACAAACUUCAUAUUUAUGCAGUGCCUCUUAACAGAAACAAUAACCAUAGCUAUAAAGGUAGUUUCAAGCACAAGCUCUUAUGGUAUGGACUUAUUUUCUGAAGCUUGUUGUCAGUGUACUUCCCUGUCGGUUCUGCGUGCAGUGUUGCUGCUAGGCCAGCUGGCCGGACUCUCCUCUGUCUUACUGGGUUCACUGAAGCUGUCUUCAUAGAAGAAACAGUUUGCUGUUGAGUGUAGCAGAAUGCUCUCAGGCUGCUUUGACACAUGAGGUUGUCAUUUGUUUUGAUUGGCCAUGGAUUAACCAUGGAUGUGAUAUGGUGGUGUAAAAUGGAUUUGGUAAGUUCCAUGAACCACUUUCUUUUUUUUUGCAUCGUGGAAAAAAGAAAGGCAUCCACUAUGACUUUGCAGCAACUAUGAUCUAUGACUGUGAUCGUAGAUCUGUGAUCUUUGUGGUUUUUUUUAAGAAGUUAAAAUAAGUACUGAAGUUUUGAUCUAUUUAUUUGAAGUACUUCUGAACUUCUGUAUGAAUAUCACUUGUGCCUCGACCACUCCUUUUAAUUUUCUUAAUAUUGAAAGAAGAGAAACCAAUGUGCUGAUAUGGAGUUCACUAGCUAUGCCAGUUUCGAAAGUUUGCUGAGACACAAUUUACCAAAAUGAAUACUGAAGUGGCUUUAAAAAAAAGGAUUUUGACUUUAUUAAUAUUUGAAGGAUGGAAAUACUGUGUCUGAAUUCUGUCAUGGUAGAAGUUUCUCACCUGCUGGGCAUAAAGUGACUUUAGAUAUUUUCAAUUGUCACAUAGAUUGACCUUAAAUAGCACUGCUUUAAGCUGGUAAUACAGAACUUAUCCUUUAACUACUCUAUAUAGCUGAAGAAAUCCAUGAUAUUUCUGAAAAUACAUAUUAAAUAAAUAUAUCUUUCACUUUUAUGCUUCCUUACUGUAAUGAUGAUUGCACUAUUACACAGCUGAAAUGAAUAAUAGUUUAUUUCAUUCUGGAAAUGGCUUGUAGCUCUACUUCAUCUGAAUUCUUGUAGUAAUAUACCUAGAAAUAUAUUAGAAGCAGAUGCAAAGAAUCUGCAAAGUAGGAUACAAACUUUCAUAACUGCUUUUCUACUUAGCGAGAAGAGUCUCAAAGAGACUUUUUGAUUUAAGUAAUUGGCUAUUACUUACUAUGUUGUACUGCUUUUGUUAAACAAUUCCAGGAUUCUUUUUCAUGGCCAGGGGCUUAGUCAUGAAUAGCCACAUAUUGUAAUAUUAAGACUCUGAAAUCUGCUUGUUUCCUAUUUUUUUUUUUAAUGUAACAGCACUGACUCAUACCAGAUAAUGAUCUAGCUCAAUCUUCAUUUCAUUGAAAAACGCAAAGAAAAAUUCAACAUGAUUAAAAUUAUUAUAAAUCCUCUAAGAAUUAAAACUGAACUGCACUGCAAGUACACAGUUUGUUUGUUUCUGUUGGCACUGGCUGAAUUUCCUCAGCCAAGCAAGCUUUGAAAGGUGGAAAUUUUGAUCUUAGAGCAUGCACAUAUUUUUUGUAAUAGUCUUUUUUUUUUUAUUUUUUACUAUUAGCUUUUUAUUCAGCUGUCCUUCAGUUAGGAGGUAGCUCUUUUCUGAGCACUCAUUGUAUCUUUGCUUUCUGAGAGCCUAAGAAAACUGACUGUGAGUCAAGGUUCAAUUCUGAGGCUGAUGAGCAGGCAAGAAGAGUGGAUGAGGGAAAGUAAGCCUGCUGGGGAGGCUCUGUGGUGCAAAAUGGUGUUUGCCAACAGUGAUGUAAGAAGGAGAACUAUAGGUCAACAAAAACAUAACUUAUUUGGGAUUAUUCUACUUUUUUUUCCCACAGAAAUCUGCAAGACAUGUAUUUUGUAUACCUUUCUGGUAAUUGUAUCUGUAGUAGUCUGGCAAGUUGUUUGCAUGUCCAUAUUUUCUUCUUAAUCCCUAUGUUAUGCAAAUAAGAACUUCAAAAACCAGUGAAUCCAGGCUUUUUGCCAUUACUUCAUAUGAGCCUAUUCCACCCCUCCUCCCACUGUUCAAUUCUGCAUUAUGUCUUUACUGCCCUAGCCCUUCUAGACACACUGUUACUCAACCAGUACCUCUGCCCUUCAUUUCAGUGCUGUCAGAAGUCUAUCAUCUUGGAGAGAGAAGAAUGAUAGGAAGCCUCACAGAACCGUGAGGAGGUUUGAUAGGAGACUGUCAAGGAAAAACAAAUACCCUUGCAUAAAUAGUGUAGUUUUCUUUGAGACCCAAAUAAUGCGUUUCCUAUCUAUAGUAUGCAUCUCUAAAUUAAGGCAUGCAUUUAGUAUCUCCUAUCUGUUGGCAAAGGAUGUUCUGCACUCCAUUUGCAUCCAGUGUAUGUAGUUGAGAUCUAUAUUGCAAGUGAGAAAGCGGGUAAUUUUAGUCAAUUCAUGGACAGAUCAUAUUUUUGGGAGAAAAACAGUCUAUAAAUUAUUACAGAUGUGAUGCAGAUCUGAUUACAAAUAAAGAAACUUGAACACCU